GGUUGAAGUGCGAAACGCCGUCUAUAACGAGCCUAACACAAUCUUUCACAUUCAUAGUCCACACGAACUUGUGACAUCCUAUAGUAUAUGGUACAGUGGGAUUUGUUUAUCCGUCCCGCUACCCCAUGGGGGGACUUUCGGCUCUUCUCCGAUGGUCGCACACAGGUCAACGGUCAUCCAAACUCCCCAGGAGUGGGUCUCCUCGCAGCUCGCAGAUUAUCCCCGGCGCCCUCACGAGGAUAGGCAUACUCAUUUCCAAAAACACGGAUACAAGAUGACUCGGCGUCGGAGAACUGCGCAUUCCCUAACCCAUAAGAUGUAUCUCUAUCCUUCUCAUGAGCAAUGCUGCUCGUCUCGGACCUCCUCUUUGCUUUGAUCCAUCUCUUCUUUCCACUUGACGUAUCGCAAUGGCCACCUAUCCGUCUGAUAAUGACCUAAGCAAGUCCGAUCCUGAAGCGAUCACCUCCGCGACUGAACGAGCGGAGAUCGCCCCCGGUAACGACGUCUCGUACAAGCGAACGUGGUACCGCACGACCUUUUUCAACAUCUCUGUCGUAGCUAUCUGCGCCUUCAUCGCGCCCGGUCUAUGGGCUGCCAUCAACGGUCUCGGAGCAGGCGGCGCAGAAAACCCGGAAUAUGUCAACGCUGCCAACAGUGUCAUCUUCUGCCUCCAGUUCCUCAUCUGCAUCUUCGGCAGUUGGAUCAUCGCCCGAAUCUCGCUGAAAUGGGCCUUCGUCUCUGGCAUGGUCGGAUUCCCCAUCUACGCCGCCAGUCUGUACACCCACGUCAAGUACGGCAACAACUGGUACCUUAUGGUGGCCUGCGUCAUCGAUGGCGUCUUUUCCGGUAUCUUCUGGCUCACUGAGGGAGCUAUCGUUCUUGCGUAUCCGGAGAAGCACAAGAGAGGAAGGUAUCUGGCUUUCUGGCUUGCGAGCCGCAUCGUGGGUCAGAUGAUCGGAGGUGCUGUCUCGCUCGGUGUCAAUGCGAAAGCUGACAUGCGCGGCCAUAUCAGCGUCAACACGUACCUCAUAUUCAUCUCCAUCCAAGCACUUGGACCCUUCGUCGCUGCAGCUCUCUCGAAUCCCGAGAAGGUCCAACGUUCCGACAAGACUCCCGUCAAGAUCAUUCUUCCGCAAGAUCUCAAAGUGGAACUGCGCGCAAUGUGGAAACUCGUCUGCCGAAAGGAAAUCCUACUCCUCACGCCAAUGAUAUCCCAAUGCGUCUUCUCCGAAGCAUUCUUCUCCACCUACAAUGCUACCUACUUCACAGUCCGCUCUCGCGCUCUCGCUUCUCUGGUCGCAAGUACCUGCGUCAUCAUUGCAAAUUUCUGUCUCGGCUUCUGGCUCGACUGGCGCCGUCCGACUGUCAACACGCGCGCUAUCGCAGCUUUCGUCUUCAUCUACGCCUUUGAGUCGUCGCUCUACAUCUACGCCAUGGUAGUAUGUAAGCAGUACGAACGGCGAGAUGUCAGACCCACCUUCGACUGGUUGGAUGACGGCUUCGGCCGCGCAGUUUGUGUCUAUAUCCUCAUGCUCGUCGGGUUCAACCUCAUGUAUGACUAUCUGUACUGGCUCAUUGGUACGGUUAACAAGAACGGUGGCGAAAUUAUUCGGUUGAGUGCGAUCAUCCGUGGCAUCGAGAGCUGUGGGCAGGCCAUUUCGUACGGCAUCAACUCGAUCGAUCAGACCAGGUUUCCGCUUUCAGGGGCUGUUGCUGUUAAUAUGUCCUUCUUCGCGGUUUGUAUCAUCCCUUCGGCGUUCGUAAUCUGGAAGGUCGGAAUUGUGAAUGGAGUGAAGCUGCAUGCCAUCGUGCAGGAUGAAGAGCCUGAGGAUGCGGCGAGGGGAGAGGCGCAAGCGCCGGCUGGACAUGCAGAUGCAGUCCUGCAAGCUAAAAGAGAAGAGGCGAAGCACGCGUGAUCGAAUCCAGGUACGUUGUGGACGGCAGGCUUUCAACUUUCAAG